AACAUUAAAGGCUUCGUGGCGCUCGAUCCAACAAGAUCUCUUAUCAUCGUUGCAUUCGCGGGUUCUGGGAGCACAAUCCGCAACUGGUUCACAGACUUCACAUUCGCUCGAGUACCAUACACCCUCACAGGCUGCACAUCCUGCUGGAUCCACUCCGGCUUCUCCACGGGAUGGUCUGAACGUCGGGACGCCGUCCUCAAUACCGCCAUUUCAGCUCUCGAGAUGUACCCAGAUUACUCCCUCAUCAUCACAGGCCACAGCAUCGGCGCCGGGAUCGCGACGCUCGCUGGUGCUGAGCUGAGGAGUAUAAACUACAACGCUGAUAUCUACACCUAUGGCUCUCCACGCGUGGGAAACACGGAGUUUGCAACAUUCGUGAUGUCGCAGGCUCCGGAGAAAGGAGGGAAUUACAGGAUGACGCAUGAGAACGAUCCCGUGUCCCAGCUACCACCGACUUGGAUAGGGUAUGAGCAUACGAGUCCGGAGUACUGGCUUACGAAUGGGACUGACGCGACGGACGUGUAUGAAGCGAGCGAUGUGGUAGUUUGUGAGGGGGUGGGGAAUGAAGAGUGUAAUGCAGGGACAGGGUUGGUUCCUAUUGAUGGCACGGCGCAUGAUCAUUACUUGGGGCUUAUUAGUGCUUGUCAGGGGCCAGUGGUAUUUUCGAGAGAAAUUGGAUGA